CAGGAAGUGACUUCGGGAGUGGAGCCGGCUCGGGCUGAUGGAAGUGCAGUGGGGGCUUAAGAGGGCACCCUAAGCACUGCCCAGUUCUGGCUUAUGGGGGUGCGGGGGACUGAACCUGGAACUUUGGAGCCUCAGCUGCGUCCAGCAUGCUCCACGGCUACAGCCCCGUGUUCCAGGCCUCGCUGGGGACCUUCUUCACCUGGGGGAUGACGGCAGCAGGGGCCGCGCUUGUGUUCGUGUUCUCCAGUGGACAGAGGCGGAUCUUAGAUGGGAGCCUUGGCUUUGCAGCAGGGGUCAUGUUAGCAGCUUCCUACUGGUCUCUGCUGGCCCCUGCAGUUGAGAUGGCCACGUCCUCUGGAGGAUUUGGUCCCUUUGCCUUCUUUCCUGUGGCUGUUGGCUUCACGCUUGGAGCUGCCUUCGUCUACCUGGCUGACCUUCUCAUGCCUCACCUGGGUGCAGCAGAAGACCCCCAGAUGGCCCUGGCACUGAACUUUGACCCUGUGUUGAUGAAGAAGUCAGAUCCCGAGCAUCCUGGGCUGCUCUGCCCCGAGAGUGAACUUUCCAUCCGGAUAGGUAGCGCUGGGCUUCUUCCAGGCAAGCUCCCUGCUGCAGACAAGAGCGAGAACGGAGAGGCAUAUCAGAGGAAGAAGACGUCGGUCCUUCCUGAGGGCCCGGCUGCCCCGGCGCCUUCUCAAGGGGCCUCUGCUCUACCGGGUGGCGGCAGCUGGCGGAGGAUCUCGCUACUCAUCCUGGCCAUCACCAUCCACAAUAUUCCAGAGGGUCUUGCUGUUGGCGUUGGAUUUGGGGCUGUAGAAAAGACGGCAUCCGCCACCUUUGAAAGUGCCAGGAACUUGGCCAUUGGAAUCGGGAUCCAGAACUUCCCGGAGGGUCUUGCCGUCAGCCUUCCCUUGCGAGGAGCUGGCUUCUCGACCUGGAGAGCCUUCUGGUACGGGCAGCUAAGUGGCAUGGUGGAGCCUCUGGCUGGGGUGUUUGGUGCCUUUGCUGUGGUGCUGGCUGAGCCCCUCCUGCCCUAUGCUCUGGCUUUCGCUGCUGGCGCCAUGGUCUACGUGGUCAUGGAUGACAUCAUCCCUGAAGCUCAGAUCAGUGGUAAUGGGAAGCUAGCAUCCUGGGCCUCCAUCCUGGGAUUUGUGGUGAUGAUGUCAUUGGACGUUGGCCUGGGCUAGUGCCGAGAUGCCUGGGACCCUAGGAAAUGCUGCACAAGGACAUGGUGGCGGUUGGCUUCUAUGGGACCAUAGUCUCUGUUCACAUUAAAACUUUUUUUUUUUUUCAUCUUUCUUCAUUUCAUUAUCCUGACUGACUUUGAUUAUCACCGUUUUGACUUUUCCUUUUGAGGGAGGUAAUGCUUUUUAUUUGACAUUUCAAAGUGUCACCGCACUAGAGAUGUUUACUUGGCCAUGGAAUGGACUCUUCAGAGGGAGCUGCCAAGGACAUAAUGAUGAAGGGAAUCUCUGCUUUCCUACCUUUAGUUUCCUUUGGUAGACUUAAUGGUCACCCAACCAGGUCACCCACAGAAGCAAGCUACAGGCAUUUUGCUUAGGAGCUCAAAGGCUGGGCCACACCUCAUCUGUCUCUCCACACUGGCCAUCGUUGAUCCCUUUGCCCCAUUAGAUCAGAAGCACCAUGGACGUGACAACUUCUCAAAGGCCAAAAAGGAAUAUGGGAAGGGACUGAAGCACCCGGAAGAAAGUCAAGCUCCCGGUUUUUAAGCAAGGAUCCACGCUGUUGACGUUAAGAGGAUUGGGACAGCUGAGAUGACACCUUGAGCCCUGUGAAGAGAGGACAGAGCAAAUUGAUCAGAAGCCUCUGCUUUCUAUGAACUCCAAGAGCAAAGUGGUUUGUCACGGCUUCCAGAUUUCUCCUGACAUGUCCUUUGAUGCCUUCAUACCUUUCUUUUGUCUGAGAGACAUGGGGACCCCAGUCAAACUACCAGAAUCCAAACCCCUUUUGUACUUUAACUAAUUUACGUGUAUGAAAGAGACCUGGAGUCUGCAGUGGGUCCUUCUCUUUUUGACCCUUUGGUAACUUGUAACCUUACUCAGAGCCUAUAACAUGCAGUGAAGACUGCUGGGAGUUAGCCAGAGUUUAGGAUGAGGAAGGAAAAGGGAGUAGGAAACAGAGACGUCUUCUAUUUCCUUUUUUAAAGCAAACAUCAACCACCUCAUUAGUCUAAAAUGCCUCUAAGAGAAUGAUUUGAAGCAGGAAGAAAAUCAACCGCCACCUACAUCCACACAGUUUCUCCGGAGGGGAUUCUCUAGUGUAUCUGCUUCAGAUACACUUAAGGCCUGAUGUUCUGGUUGUCAGAGGGCAUUUGGGAUGUAGAAUGGACUCUGCUGGCAGCUCGAGAGCCAGACUUUCCGGCAUUGUGUUAGCAACGCCUGCGCUAUGAGCUUACAUGUUGAAUUGCUCCUACCGGGGUGAAUGCCCUAUUCUGUGAAUGCUCAAGACCCCCGCCAUUCCCACCCCCCCAAAGGCCAACUGUAUGCUGAAACUCUGUGUUCUUUGGAAGCACUCAUGAUCAAAGUUGAAUAUACAAUCAGAGGUUUGAUUGGCUGAGAUUAAUCAUUUUGGUAACUGGUGUGUGUGUGUGUGUGUGUGUGCAUUUUAUGUCUUUGGAUAUAGUUUUACAUAAUGUAAACUUCUUUCUGAUGGACAAGACCUCAUAACUGUGAUUAAGAUCAAUAAAGGGGAUAUCGUUGGGA